AUGCUGCAGUUCGUGCAUCGAUGCUCCACCGCGGUCACGGCCAUUGGUGUCUCGACCACGGACGGGUCGCGUAGUCUCCUGAUGCCACAUUGCCCCGUUGGUGUCCGAGAAGCUCUGCGAAAGCGUGCUUGCAUGGUGCGUCUGGCCCAUACAGAGGUUUGCAUCCGACGGUGCAUGGAUGUUGGUUGCGGUCAUCUUCGUGGCAGAGGCAAGGUCACUUCAAGGCCCAACAACGGUUACACGGUGUCGGCGGUAGAAGCGCCUCCCCCGAGCGAAGCUGCCGGCUCGACCCGAGGUGCUCUGGGACUGAGCCUAGUGUACUCGCCGCCAGACCCCAAGAUCGACAUCAUCAUGGUGCACGGACUGGCGGGGGACUCGAGGAAGACGUGGAGCAAGGGCCAUUCGCCGUCUUCCUUCUGGCCACUAUGGCUGACCAAGGAGCCGGCUAUCAUGGGAAGGGGCGUGCGGAUCUCGACGUUCGGCUACGACUCGCGGUACCUGAAGGGCAGCAGCGGGACGGACUGCAUGGGGAUCCACCAGUUCGGCAUGUCGCUGCUGACCGAGAUUGCCACGUCGCCGUACAUCCGGGGCGCGGGGACGCGCAUCAUCACCAUCGGCCACAGCAUGGGUGGGCUGGUGGCCAAGAGGGCCUUCAUCGGAGCGGUCCGGGACCCGGAGCACCGCGACAUCGCCCGCCGCUUCGCGUCCAUGUACUUCCUCGCCACGCCGCACCGCGGCGCGGACUCGGCCAGGCUGCUCGGAAUCCUCCUGCGCGCCGUCGCCCUCGACAAGGCCUACGUCGGCGACCUGGAGCGCAACUCGGCCGCCGUCAGGACCAUCAACGACGACUUCUUCUGGCUCUCGUCCCGCCUCGACAUCCGCUCCUUCUACGAGACCGAGAUCAUGAGCCACUUCCGCUCCCUCAUCGUCGACAAAAGCUCCGCCAUUAUGGACCUGGUCAACGAGUUCGAGGCCCCCAUGAGCGCCGACCACCGCUCCAUCUGCAAGUUUGCCUCCACCCACGACAACAACUACCGCAUCCUGCGUAACUCGCUCGUCGCCACCCUCGAAAACCUCAUGCCCAUGCGUCCAUAG